AUGCGUCUUAUAUUCUUGGUAUUUUUAUUAUUUCAAUCAAUUUUAUGUGAUGGAGCAAAGAAACCACAAAUCAAUACAAGUUAUGGGCCAAUUGUUGGAUUUGAACAUAAAUCGAGUGAAACUGGAAAUGCUUAUGAUGUUUUUCUAGGGAUUCGUUAUGCCAAUCCGCCAGAUCAUAUUUAUAGAUUCCAAAAACCUGAGCCAGUUGAUAAAUGGAUUCAUUUACAACAUGAUGCAACACAUUUUCGAGCAUCUUGUAUUCCUUCACUUCGAUCUGAACUUGAAGAACAUGUUAAUUAUUCUGAAGAUUGUCUUUUCUUGAAUAUCAUCACUCCAAAAAAUGCUGCCUCUAAAAAACUUCCAGUCUUAGUUUUUAUUCAUGGUGGAGGUUUUCAAUUUGGUGAUUCGUCUGAUAUCGGAUAUGAAAAAGCUGCGGAUCAUUUUGUAUCUCAAGAUAUUAUUUUCGUUUCAAUUCAAUAUCGAUUGGGACCAUUGGGUUUCUUCACAACUGGAGAUUCUGAAAUUCCAGGAAAUAUGGGAUUAUGGGAUCAAACUAUGGCUUUGCAAUUUUUACACGAAGUUUUGCCAAGUUUUGGUGGAGAUAUUGAUCGAAUCACACUUUCUGGACAUUCUGCUGGAGCUGCAAGUGUUUCAGCACUUUUAUAUUCUCCCCAAUCUGAUCGUGAGUUUUUUCUAAUCAUGAGAGUUCAAAUAAAAACGUUGCAGACCUCUUCUCACAAGCGAUUCAAUUAUCUGGCUCAAUUUUCGCUGAAAAUAAUUUGAAUGAAAAUGUGAUUGAAGAUAGUCGAGCUCUUGCAAAUGCAGCUGGUUGUAAACAAGAAAAUACAAAAGAAUUACGAGAAUGUAUGGAGGAAAGAACAAUGGAUGAAUUGUUAGAUGCGAUGGAACAAGUUGGAGAAUUAUUGCCAGGUCCAAGAAAUAAGAAAUUCCAUCCAUUGUUUGAUAAAGAUUUCUUUCCAUACGACGUAAGUUCAUUGUAAUUUCUAAGAAAACAAAUUUAAUUUGUCAUUUUUCAGAUCGAAAAAAUGUCAAAGAAAGCGCCCAAAAAACCAACAAUGCAAGGAGUUUUGACACUUGAAUCUGGUGGAAGCGGUUAGUUUGUUUUUUUAUAUUCCUUUUUUUGAUUCACAUAUAUUUUUUCAGUGUUGUAUCCUGUAAAACUUUCAAAAUUGCUUGGAGUUCCUAAAGAAUCUUGGGCCACUUAUGGUAAAGAUAACUUGGUUGAUUUUAUUCGCGAUAAAAUUGCUGGUGAUCGUGAAUUUGGAUCGGCUGCUUCAAAGUUUGCUGAACUUUUGGAGAAUUUUUAUUUGAACGGUCCAAUGACUGGGAAUUCUAGCUUUUAUUUGAAUGCGUAUGCAUUGGUAAGUAAACAAUUUUUCCAAAAAUAUUAUUUUUUCCAAAUUCAAAUUUUCCAGCUUCUGAGUGAUCUUCAAUACAAUAUUCCAACACUCCAUGAAAUCGAAAUGAAAACUAAAAAUAGUUGGCCAACAUAUUUUUAUGUUAGUGAUUAUGACAGUGAAACAACACGUGAUCCUUCUCAUCCAAUUCGUGGACCUUUCCAUGCUUCAGAACUCCGUUUUCUUUUCAAUUUCUUCGGUCAAGAAAAUAUUCCAUUGAAUGAAGAAGAUAAGCAAUUCCAGCAAACUUUUGUAUCAGCAAUCAACAAUUUUGUGAAAACUGGAAAACCAGGAGGUGAUUGGAAACCAACUUCAAAAUCAAAACCAUUCCAAAACUUUUUGCUCAACGCUGAUUCAAAAAUGGAACAAGAAUAUCGAUUAGAUGCUUAUAAUCUUUGGCAAAAUGAAAUCGCAAAAAUUAUUCCAGCAGAUUUAUUGAAAAAACGACUUCCAGCUUCAAAGGCAACAUUCAGACAUACCGAAUUGUGA